AUGCUUCUCAAGCUCGAUUAUAAGAAUACACACCAAUCGUCACGUAUAUUAUCACUCCACUUGAUCUUACUCGUCUUACCAACAUUGAUUUUCGCCGCAUCAGUCUUCAAGGGUGACAACAAUGACAACGUUGAUAAUGAUAACGGCCCAAACAAACUCAUCACUUCCAACUUGACAUCCAACAACGCCAACAGUUUCAACAACAAGUCAUUUGCGUUAAUUCAAGGCACUAAAUUAGAACGCGAAACCACAUCAUCCGGUUGGCAAAUAAAUGCUGGUGUAUACCUUGAGAAAUCCAUUGGUGAUGGACAUUCAACCAUGUGGGAGUCUAGUUCGGAUGAUGAUGAUUCAUCUGACGAUGAAGGUGGAACUUGGGGAUGGGCCAAGGGGGCCAAAAGAAUCAAGAAGAAGAACAGGGACAAUAAGAAGUUUUCAAUGUUGUCGCAUAAUGAUAAUCAACCAAUAAAUGAUGUCGAGUCGGUUGUCAAUGGUACUAGUAGAGCAGUGAAUGGGUCUGGUCCUUUUCGAUUGUACAUUUAUGAAGGUGUUGUUAGUGUUGAAAAUCAAGCCAACUAUGCUUCUGAUGGUGAAUUAAACAGAGAGAUGGAUAAGUUUAAGCUGAAGAAACAACACUCAUGGACGGAAGGCAGCAUUGACAAUGGUGUUGGCGACGCUGGGGGUGAUGAUGAUGAUGACGUGAUGAAAUCGGAUGCAAAUUCUAUUUGGAACAAGAUGUAUGAUUUAGCCAAAUUGUACCUAUUUGUUAUUUGGAUAGUUUUUGAGGGAUGA